AUGGCAACUUUAACCAACCAACAGAAAUUCUCGGGUGGACUUGCAAUGGUCUUGGAAGAACAAUGGCAAGUCGACAUACGGAUCAAGGCAGGGCUGGACAACGAUGACGAUUCAGCUAUAUCCGCCCACAAACUUAUUCUGGCAUCAAGAUCGGAGGUUUUUAAGAAGAUUCUGGAAUCGGACGAGGUUAAGACUUCAGCUGAACAGGUUGAUACAGUCACUCUAUCAGAGAUGAAAUCAGAAGAGUUAGAAGCUUUAGUUGAGUUUAUGUAUAGUGAUGGAACUCUGCUUUCUCCGAAAGCUGAACGACACGUUCGGUCACUUUAUCUUGCCGCUGACAAAUACGAAAUCCCGCAUCUACGUGACCUGUGCAGAAAAAAAGUUAUAUCUUCUCUUAAUGCGUCCAAUGCUCUUGACUACCUUGAGCUUGCUCAGAUCCCUUUCGACAAUGGCCUCCAUGAGGCUGCUUUCAGUUAUGUCAAAACGAAUAUAUCUACCAUAGCUAGCUCUGAGGUUUUAAGUUAUUCGUAG